UCCCUCACUUAUCACAUCGUACAUGGAUAAUUGUAACGUUGUUACACAAAAUUAAAUAUUAAGAAUGUGAAAAAUAAGCGAAACUUUAAAAUGCCUUAACUUACUACUUAAACCCUGAAUUUAACACUGAUGUAAACAGCUUGAUGUGAACUCUAAAGUAACAACUAGGAAAAAAGUAAUAUAACCAGUUGUCAGUGUAUUAUUUGGUUAUAUUACUUUUUCCCUUGAUGUUGCUUUAGAGUUGUAACUCAAACGCGGUUUCAAGAGUAAAAAUUGAUGUAAAAAAACAAACACUUAAAAUUCUUGGCACGAUUCCAAAUUAAUAUGCAUGUACAUUGAAAUGCAUAACGUAAUGACUGAAUAACUUGUAAAUAGAGAACCAAAAAAAAAAUGAAACUACGAUACCUAUUGUGUCCUUAAGCUCUGACAAAAGAUCGGUUUUGUUUCAGUGAUUUUAAGUGUCAUGCAUUAUAACUAACACUUAGAAACAUCACACGAUAUAAAAUGGCGGUAGGAACUACACUAUAUUUUGUUCUCAUCAUUCUCAUGGUGGGCGUUGUAAGUUCCUUGCCGGAAAACGAGCACGAAGUCGGUGUCCGUGGCUGUGGAAACAAGACGUGUGACGUCAAUGAAAUCUGCGAUGAGGACAAAGGGGUCUGUUUGGAUUGCGCAAUCCAUGAUUGUCAAGGAAACAACGGUUUGAGCAAUACUGAUACAACUAGCGAACUUGAUCAGACACCAAUGGCCACCGAGAUAUCCGAAACACGGUGGCCAUCCACUUCCCGCAAAAUCGACAAUACAACAAACAUGACAAAGGAGCCGGAACUGAAGAAGGAUGUUCAUCUUCCCGCAACCCUUGCUCUAUGUGGAGGCAUCUUGGUGAUCUGUGCGGGGGCGUACAUCUACGUCUGCCAUCCGCUCGGCUGUCGAUCACAGAGGAUCAUGAGAGAACGAGAGGAGAUGGCAGGAAUUUAUUCAAAAGGAAUAUACCAAAAAGAAAACGAUGAACCAGUGAUGAAGGUCCCGCUACAGUAUACCAUGCAAACAGAUGCCUACACAAAGUCAACAGUGUAAUUAAACACAAUGAAUUUUCGAUUACUCCCAAGACUACUUCUAACCUAGACAGGAAUAAGACGUCUUUUUCUGGGAUUUAUUAACAAUCUCUGACAUUUUUAAGUGAGUGUAGCCAACGUAGUUCAGCGGAACAACUGUUGUUAAAGAUACACAAGCUUUUGGUCUAUUUUCAACUCACCCCAAAAUUUUCCAGGAACGCUCACUCUUUGGGUGAAUGUUCGAAUGUCUUUGAUUUCGAUCGAUAUAGACCCCAGUUUAUGAGCCAUAUUUUUUAUGAUUAUGAUACGGAUUUCAAAUAUGAAAUGAACAUCGGUCUAUCAUUACAAAUCACAUGAUCAUUUUGAACAUGUAUAUGCGGGUAGAGCAGAUUAGUUUACAUUCAUUUCCUUUUACAAAUGCAAGGAACUUUUGGAAUUUUACAUUGCAAGUAAUAACUACCAUGCAAUCUUUUAAUACAAAUAUAAAUUUCAAACAAUCUUAAAUUUCCGUCUUUUCGCAUCCAAAACUAAGAUAUGAAAUGUAAAAUGACAAAGUUCACUAUGGUCCUUUCAGAGCCCUAGGAACGAUUUUUGGUUGGGAGUGCUGGCUUGGAAUGCAAAUUUUACAAGCAAAAAGAGAAGUCUUCAUUACAAAUAAAGGUGAUUUAGGUUAGAUUAAUACUUUUUAGCAUACCUUAGAUAUUUUUAUUGAUUGAUUGAUUGAUAACGAAUUUUCAAUUUCAGUUGUCAACAAAAUUGCACAAAGUAAAGCAAGUCAUGAUUCAUUAUAAUGAAAUAGAAUAAAAUAUAUUGUAUUAUAAACCCAGUACAAAGAAAUAAAACAGUUAUUUUCUUUGGCGAACAAAUCGUACACAUAACAAGCACAAAGGACAAAAAAAAAGAAAAAUAAAAUCCCAACAUGUUAUUGGUGACCUUGAUUUGCUACCCUUGUAUUUGAACAUACAGGCAUCCAUAGAUAUUUUCAUUUUUUUUAUUUCUGUAUCCUUACUGGAUAGAACACACGUGUACCACAGUGUGGAACACAAUGUGAUAUCACCUUCACACUGAUGAAUUAAAGCAUUUUAACAGUGUGAAUCAGAUACUCACAAAGUCAACCAUGUGAACACACUGAACAGUCACACUGUCGAGGUGUCCACAGUGUGGAAAUAUCUUCACACUGUUGAAUUUGAGCAUUUUAACAGUGUGAAUAAUUUCACAUAAUACACUGUGUCAACACAUUGUGUCACACUGUGUUUUUUCUCCAGCAGGGAUAUUUCAACCGUGCACGUAUUGAAUUCAAAUUAAAUCUUGAUGUAUAAUAUCA